GUUAAGCUUUCCAUCGACGCCAUGCCGCGCUUCUCACAUCUUGUUGCUCUCUUGGCCUGCGCGGCGUCGACGGUUGGCGUCGCGGCUCGCAAGCCAACAUUGGAAGAAAGAGGGAUCCCAAAAGAUGCGACGGGCGUCAGGACCAUCUCGUCACCGCAAGGCGCUACCAUCCGCUUCAAGCAGCCCGGAAAAGAGGGGAUUUGCGAAACAACGGAAGGUGUUGAUGAUUAUUCCGGGUACAUCAGCUUGGACAACAACACAAACAUGUUUUUCUGGUUCUUUGAGGCAAGAGAGAACCCCAGUGAAAAGCCGUUGACUUUAUGGCUGAAUGGAGGUCCGGGAUCAGAUUCAUUGAUAGGACUGUUCCAAGAACACGGGCCCUGCAACGUCACCGAGGAAUUGAAAACUCAACUCAACCCUUACUCGUGGAAUGAAGCGUCCAACAUGCUGUACCUAUCUCAGCCUGUCGGUGUAGGAUUCAGCUACGAGACGACCAAAACGACAGAAGAUGGACGAUUUCACUUCGUUGAUCAGAACAAGGCGAAUACAACCGACUUUGCAGCAGUCGGAGCGUGGAACGUUCUUCAGGCGUUCUUAGAGCUUUCGCCACAGCUGGAUCCUGAUAUUCAGAACUUCACUUUCAAUCUGUGGACAGAGAGCUAUGGCGGACACUACGGACCUAGCUUCUACAACUACUUCUAUCAGCAGAACGAAGCCAUCCGCAAUAAAUCCAUCUCCGGUGUGGAGCUGCAAAUGGACACGCUUGGUAUCAUCAACGGCAUAGUCGACGAAGAGAUUCAGGCGCCUUACUACCCUGAAUUCGCCAUCAACAACACCUACGGCAUCAAAGCUAUCAACGAGAGCGUUUACUUUGCUAUGAAAUUCGCGUACGAAGUCGCGGAUGGCUGCCACGAUCAAAUCAAAGCGUGCAAAGCCACCAACCGUACAUCUGCCAACGAUUACCUUGUAUGCGCCUCAGCAGCCGGAACGUGUCGAUCAAUGGUCGAGGAACCCUACUACGCCGUCAGCGGUCGUGGUGUUUACGACAUCCGCCACCCUUACGACGACCCAACCCCACCCGAAUUCUUUGGGGAUUUUCUCAACCUCGCCGACACGCAGAACAAAAUCGGUGUUAACAUCAACUACACCGAUGACGGCUACUCGCAGGAAGUCGGUUGGGGCUUCCAGAGCACAGGCGACUUCAUCUUCCCCAACUUUAUCGAAGACCUCGAGGAGAUUUUAGGCUACGGCGUGCGCGUGGCUCUUAUCUACGGGGAUGCAGACUACAUUUGCAAUUGGUUCGGCGGCGAGGCUGUCUCGCUUGCCAUCAACUACACAGAUUCUGAAGCGUUCCGCGCCGCGGGUUACACGCCGUUUGUCGUCGAUGGUACCGAAUACGGCGAGGUGCGCGAAUAUGGAAACUUCUCGUUUACGAGAAUUUACGAGGCCGGUCAUGAGAUUCCUUACUACCAGCCAGAAGCUUCAUUAGAGAUCUUCAAGCGUGUACUUGAGCAUAGGGUCAUUGCUGACGGGGGUAGUAUUGUUACGGAUGACUAUUCAACGAACGGAACGGCCAAGGCGACGCAUACUGAGCCGUACGUGCCUCUGCCUGAGUCUACGAGCUCUGGAGUUGCGGUGGCAAGUGCAAGUGCGAAUGUUGCUGCGAGACGCAGUCCACUGAGAAAAAGAGUAUGGUAGACACCUUACAAAAGAAGGAUGUGCACCUGUAGUGUAAUGAGCAGAGAUCCUCUGGUGCUAUUUAAAAUCAUGAAGUCAUGCAAAAUCAAAGCUAAUCGUGCUGAAUGAUUAGAUGUUGGUGUUUAUCUGCCGCUUUACUUGUAAGCUCCAACCCUGGAAUGGAGUAUCCUGGGAGUCUGUCUCCAGCCAGUGGCGUGAAUAUCAUCAAUUACUGUGAUCAACAGCCACCACCAUUAGAUGUCCCAUCAUGUGAGCGGAGCAGGCGACUCAGCUUGUUCUUGCUCAAAAAAAAAGGGACUACAGAUAGGUACAAGGACUCGAUAAUGAAUGAACGGGUU